AUGGCUGUGAUGAAAGUCAAGUUCAACCAGAAGAAAAGGGUAAAACUAGCACAAGGACUGUGGCUCAUGAACUGGUUUUCAGUUUUUGCAGGAAUCGUCGUUUUCGCCAUGGGGUUAUUCUUGAAAGUUGAGCUCAGGAAACGAAGUGAACUGAUGGACAAUGCUGAGAGCCACUUUGUGCCCAACUCCUUGAUAUUGGUGGGUCUGUUAUCUUGCGCCUUCAAUGGUGUUGCGGGCAAGAUAUGCUAUGAUUCUCUGGAUCCUUCUAAGUUUGCAAAGUGGAAGCCUCUAUUGAAACUUUAUCUGUUGGUUUGUUUCUUUUUUAACAUCUGUAUUUUUUUAGUUGCUCUUUUUUGCUUUCUGAUGAGGGGUUCUCUGGAUACUACACUGGGAAAUGGGCUAAAAAAUGGCAUGAAGUACUACCGAGAUACAGAUACUCCAGGAAGGUGCUUCAUGAAGAAAACUAUUGACCUGCUCCAAAUUGAGUUCAAAUGCUGUGGGAACAAUGGUUUCAGAGACUGGUUUGAGAUUCAAUGGAUCAGCAACAGAUACUUGGAUUUUAGCUCUAAGGAAGUGAAAGAUCGCAUUAAAAGCAACGUGGAUGGCAGAUACUUGGUGGAUGGCGUCCCCUUCAGCUGCUGCAAUCCAAGUUCCCCACGACCAUGCAUCCAGUACCAGGUCUCUAAUAAUUCAGCUCACUACAGCUACGACUAUCAAACAGAAGAGCUCAACCUGUGGAACCGUGGCUGCAGGGAGGCUCUGCUUAAGUACUACAGUAGCAUGAUGAGCUCUAUGGGAGUUGUCGUCCUUCUUGUCUGGAUUUUGGAGGUGUCAGUUAUGAUAGGGUUACGGCUCUUGCAUACCUCACUGGAGAGCAUCAGCAAUCCAGAAGAUCCUGAAUGUGAGAGUGAAGGGUGGGUCUUGGAGAAGAGUUUUAAAGAAACCUUCAAAUCCACCCUGGAAAAUUUGAAAAAGAUUGGUAAGUUUAACCAAGUGGAAGCAGGAGCCGAGGGUGCAGAUGGUGAAGAAGGUACAAAAACCCAAGCUGUCACGACUGUCAGUUGA